AUGUUGCCGAGGAAAAGAGACGCGUGGAUUCUUCUUGGAGUAUUAUGUCUAGUCAAAAUUUCAACACAACACGGCUCCGGGGCGCCGCCAGGUGCAUGCCUCGAUCAAAUGCCUCGCCACUCCAGCAUUUUGCCUCAGUCCUCGGUGCCUCCUUACGCCAUUUCUACGUCAUCAGCUCAAGUGAGGCAGGGAGACAGUAUUAACGUAACUAUUGGCAGUCCAUUCGGAGCUCCUGUACCUAUUGGAGGGUUCAUAUUACAAGCUAGGGCUAUACAGAAUACAGAACAAAUUAUAGGCAAGUUCACGACAGUACCAUAUCCGGAGACGACCCAAAUCAUAAACUGUCGAGGUGAGAACGACACUGUGACUCACUCUACACCCGAAGACAAACCACCACUUACUUUCACUUGGCGAGCACCAGCUGACUUCUUGGGGGGUGUCGCGUUCAGAGCAACGGUUGCCCAAAGCUAUGCAACGUUUUGGCGAAACGUCGAAUCAUCGCUGGUCGAGGUCGUAUCGCCAGAUACGGUCAUAACAACGCCAUCUAUCGUCACCACUACACAGACAACUAAACAAGAACCUCCUGUUAUUAUGGAGUCGAAACCUAAAACAACCCCGCCACCUCUAGACGUCAUUUACCAAGGUUGCGCAGACACAAAACUGUGUUUCGGCGUACCCCAAAACUGCAUUGCAUCUGGCAACUGCAAGGCUGUAGUCGCCAUUUUUGUAGUUGGCGACACUUACACAUUCGAAAUUCAAGGCACAGAUAACCCGAAAUACGUCGCUGCAGCGUUGAGCACAGAUAAUAAAAUGGGCGAUGACAGCGCUAUGGAAUGUGUUCGGAAUGACAACGGCAGGGUUACCCUAUUUACAUCUUGGACUUAUCCAAAGUCUGAACCUUAUGUUAAGAGAUCUGAUUCUCCACAAGAGAUCGUCCAGUUGCUGGAAUCAUCUACUAUAGAUGGAAAGCUGUAUUGUAAAUUUAAGAGGGAUGCUGUAUCCACUGUCAAAGGACAGAUCUUUGACAUGGCGAAGAAUAAGUACUAUUUGAUGGUGGUCUCCGGUGAUACAAUGAAAGAUGCUGAAAGAGUAGGGUUCCACACACUAGCCUUUGAGUCGACGUCUGAGCCAUUGGCUUUAGCCAGCGUAGGAACAGCAGCUGGUGCAUCGAAGCUGUUACUUAAGCUUCAUGGGUGUUUCAUGUUAAUAGCUUGGCUUGGAACUGCCUCGUUAGGAAUAGUGUUAGCCAGAUAUUUCCGGAAGACAUGGGUUGGAAAAACAUUAGGCGGCAAAGACAUUUGGUUUGCUUACCAUAGAAUAUUGAUGGUGGGAACUUGGGUGCUGACUGUUGUGGGUUUCAUCAUAAUCCUGGUGGAAGUUGGUGGUUUCGCUACCACCGGUGACAAUCCCCACGCCAUCACUGGACUUGUGACUGUCAUCCUCUGUUUCAUACAACCGAUUGGUGCAUAUUUCCGACCACACCCGGGUACAAGAAAGCGUCCUAUAUUCAACUGGGCACAUUGGUUCUUUGGAAACGCCGCGCAUAUUCUAGGAAUUGCCACAAUUUUCUUCGCCGUAUACCUCCAGAAGGCAGAAUUACCGCCGUGGACCGUCUAUGUGUUAGCCGCCUUUGUAGUAUUCCAUGUCGUUAUGCACAUUGUACUAUCGUUAACCGUGUGCGUAUCGGAAGGCCGUAUCAGCAACGGUAGAGUUAACUCGUUCCCAAUGAAAGACAUGUUAGGGCAGUCGAGACAGGUCAGCGCUGUUGACCGAAGCUCAGACGCGCCGUUUGCGGGCUUCAGAAAACAUCUCCUCGGAGUUUACGCGCCGAUAAUUAUUAUAUUCGUUAUCGUUUUAAUAUGUCUAGUUGCCUUAGCACCUAUAGGCGAAGCAUACAAUUCUGUCAUGGGUGCUUAA